GGCAACAGACGAGAAUAAAAAAAGGCAUUAGUAGUCCGAUACAGCUCUCUUCGCGAGAGGAGAGAGAUUAGAGAGAGAGAGAGAGAGAGAGAGAGGUUUGGUGGUCUCUGAGGUUUGCUGCAAUCUCAAGGGAUAACAGCUCUUCCACUCAUAAGCUCCUGCAAAUGCUCAAACCUUUCAUUUCCUUUCUCUACAAGUAUAAUCCAAAUCCUUCCUCGUCUCCACUAGCUGAGUAGAAAGAAGAAGAAGAGAAAUCCCUUCCAUUUGCCUUUCCUUGGUAUCUACCUCACCACCUCCCUUCAAUCUUCCUGACAAGCGUAAGAGAAAGAGGCCUUCUUUUCUUCUUUCGGCACCGACGCUCACAUUCAUGCUUUCUAGGGUUUUCAUCUCUAGAUUUCUCUGGAUCUGCUCCUUGCUCCUUGAUGCCCUAGCCCUAAAACCCUGCCACCUCGGUUCAGCUUAGGCACAAGGCAAUGGAAGAAGUAUCAUCUAAUGGCCAUCGUUUUAGAAGAAUUCCACGUCAAUCCUUGGCUGCAAAUCCGGAGUUGGACCCAUUGGUUUAUCUCGUUCCUUAUCAUUUCUAUGUUGAAUCCAUUGCUGAGUGAGAACUUGGAGCAGUGGCCACAUCUGAAUGAACUGGUCCAGUGCUACAAGGCUGAUUGGGUGAAGGAUGAAAGCAAGUAUGGUCACUAUGAAAGCACAGCAUCUGCAUCAUUUCAAAAUCAGAUUUUUGAAGGGCCUGAUACUGACAUGGAAACAGAAAUGCGUCUUGCCAGUGCAAGGCAUUCCAAGACUGAAGAUGCUACUGAUGAUGACAUCCCCAGUACAUCGGGAAGGCAGUCAGGGCAUUUUGGCGAAUCUCCAUUGCCAGCUUAUGAGCCAGCUUUUGACUGGGAAAAUGAAAGGUCAAUGAUAUUUGGACAGAGGACCCCAGAAACUCACUCAGCACAGUAUGGCAGUGUAUUGAAGAUAUCUGUGAAAGUUCUGUCAUUGUCCUUUCAAGCUGGAUUGGUUGAACCUUUUUAUGGAACAGUUAGCCUAUAUAAUAGGGAGAGAAGGGAGAAAAUGUCGGAAGAUUUCUAUUUUCAUGUGUUACCAACUGAGAUGCAGGAUGCUAUAGUUUCUUCUGAGCCUCGUGGUAUUUUCUCCUUGGAUGCUCCAUCAGCAUCGGUUUGUCUUCUUAUUCAGCUGGAGAAGCCCGCUACAGAAGAAGGUGGGGUCACUCCCUCUGUUUAUUCACGCAAGGAACCUGUGCACUUGACUGAGAGAGAAAAACAGAAGCUACAAGUGUGGUCUCGAAUAAUGCCUUACAGAGAGUCAUUUGCUUGGGUUAUUGUUCCACUAUUUGAAAACAACAGCUCUGCAGCUGCUGGUGGAGCUGCCUCUCCCAGUAGCCCCCUUGCUCCCAGUGUAUCUGGGUCAAGUACUCAAGACAGUGUUGCGGAAUCUCAUUCAAAACACACUUUCGAUGGGAAGCUGGCCCAAUAUUCUAGUGGAAGCUCGGUUGUUGUGGAGAUAUCAAACUUAAAUAAAGUCAAAGAAAGCUAUACGGAAGAGUACCUUCAGGAUCCUAAACGGAAGGUUCAUAAGCCAGUGAAAGGUGUUCUGAAGUUGGAAAUUGAGAAGCUUCAGGCUGGCCAUUUUGACUUGGACAACAUUUCAGAAAGUGGUAGUGUAACCAAUGAUUCAAUUGAUGCCGGGGAUCGUUUUACUGAUGCUACAUUUACGAAGUGCCCGAGUAAUGGUUCUGAUGGGCCUCGGAAUGGUAAUCCAAAGUGGAACACUGUUGAGGGCAAAGAAAUCCGCAGAAAUGGUUCAAAUUUUAUUUCAGGAAAAUAUCCUGAUUACUGUGCUGAAGCUUUCCAUGCUUUCGACUUUCGGGUUAUGACAAGAAGCGAGCCCUUUUCACAACUUUUACAUUGCCUUUAUCUGUACCCCUUAACUGUUAGUUUGAGCCGGAAAAGGAAUUUAUUCAUAAGGGUGGAACUGAGAAAGGAUGAUGCUGACAUCCGUAAACAGCCAUUAGAGGCAAUAUAUCCAAGGGACUCUGGCGCCCCAUUUCAGAAGUGGGCUCACACACAAGUAGCUGUUAGUGCCAGGGUGGCUUGCUAUCAUGAUGAGGUCAAAAUUUGUCUACCUGCAAUUUUGACCCCCCAACAGCAUCUUCUGUUCACUUUGUUUCAUGUAGACCUUCAAACGAAACUUGAAGCUCCGAAGCCGGUUGUCAUAGGAUAUGCUGCAUUGCCAUUGUCUACACACGCUCAGCUCCGCUCUGAAAUUUCUUUGCCAAUUAUGAGAGAGCUUGUUCCACAUUAUCUCCAAGAUAGUGGCAAGGAGAGGCUGGACUAUUUGGAGGACGCGAAAAAUGUCUUUAGGUUACGUUUAAGGUUAUGCUCCUCUUUAUACCCAAUGAAUGAGCGUAUCAGAGAUUUUUUUCUUGAAUACGACAGGCAUACACUUCGCACCAGCCCUCCUUGGGGUUCCGAGCUUCUUGAGGCCAUCAACAGUUUAAAGAACGUUGAUUCCACUGCCUUGUUGCAAUUUCUCCAACCAAUCCUUAAUAUGCUUCUGCAUCUUAUAGGCGAUGGUGGUGAAACCCUUCAGGUUGCUGCCUUUCGAGCUACAGUCAAUAUCUUAACCAGGGUGCAGCAGGAAUCAUCUGAUGGGGCUGAAAGAAAUCGGUUUCUUGUUAACUAUGUGGAUUAUGCUUUUGAUGACUUUGGGGGUCGACAACCACCAGUUUAUCCUGGCCUAUCGACAGUGUGGGGAAGCUUGGCUCGGAGUAAGGCCAAAGGUUACCGUGUCGGACCAGUUUAUGAUGAUGUAUUAGCAAUGGCAUGGUUUUUCCUUGAGCUUAUUGUAAAAUCUAUGGCAUUGGAGCAAACUCGCCUUUUCUAUCACACUCUUCCUUCAGGUGAAGAUAUUCCGCCGUUGCAACUGAAGGAAAGUGUCUUCAGAUGUAUUAUGCAGUUGUAUGAUUGCCUUCUCACAGAGGUACAUGAGCGCUGCAAGAAGGGCUUAAGCUUGGCAAAACAUUUGAAUAGCAGUAUGGCCUUCUUUUGUUAUGAUCUUCUGUCUAUUAUAGAGCCCCGGCAAGUUUUUGAGCUGGUAUCCUUAUACAUGGACAAGUUUGCUGGGAUUUGCCAAUCUGUUCUACAUGACUGCAAACUUACAUUUUUGCAGAUAAUAUGUGAUCAUGAUCUUUUUGUGGAAAUGCCUGGUAGGGAUCCUUCUGAUAGGAACUAUCUCUCAUCUGUCUUGAUACAGGAGCUUUUUCUCACUUGGGAUCAUGAUGAUUUAUCUCUGCGCACCAAAGCAUCUCGAAUCUUGGUAGUCCUAAUGUGCAAGCACGAGUUUGAUGCUAGAUAUCAGAAGCAUGAGGACAAAUUAUACAUAGCCCAACUAUAUUUUCCACUCAUCGGACAGAUACUAGAUGAGAUGCCAGUAUUCUAUAACCUAAAUACAGUCGAAAAGCGUGAAGUUUUAAUUGUCAUUACACAAAUUGUGCGCAACCUGGAUGAUGCAUCCCUGGUCAAAGCAUGGCAACAAAGCAUUGCUCGAACGAGACUAUUUUUCAAGCUACUGGAAGAAUGCCUCAUUCUUUUUGAGCACAGAAAACCAGCUGAUAGCAUGCUCAUGGGCUGUAGUUCUCGCAGCCCGGAUGGAGAAGGCCCAGUUUCCCCAAAGUAUACUGACAGGCUUUCCCCUGCAAUAAACAAUUAUCUGUCUGAGGCUUCUCGCCAAGAAGUUAGACCUCAGGGGACACCAGAGAAUGGUUAUUUAUGGAACAGAGUCAGUCCCCAAUUAAGCUCACCAAGCCAACCAUAUUCUUUAAGAGAAGCUCUUGCUCAGGCUCAAUCUUCUCGGAUGGGAGCUUCGACUCGAGCAUUGAGAGAGUCACUGCACCCAAUAUUGAGGCAAAAACUGGAGCUUUGGGAAGAAAAUUUGAGUGCGGCUGUCAGUCUCCAGGUUCUGGAGAUAACUGAAAAGUUCUCAGUGGCUGCAGCAUCCCAUAGUAUUUCUACCGAUUAUGGAAAGCUAGAUUGUGUUACAUCCAUAUUUAUGAGCUUCUUCUCACGAAGCCAACCAUUGGCCUUUUGGAAAGCAUUGUUUCCAGUGUUUAAUGGUGUCUUUAACCUUCAUGGAGCAACUCUGAUGGCAAGGGAGAAUGAUCGAUUUUUGAAGCAAAUUGCUUUCCAUCUUCUUCGACUUGCAGUUUUUCGAAAUGAUUCUAUCAGAAAGAGAGCAGUUAUUGGACUCCAGAUACUCGUCAGGAGCUCUUUCUUUUAUUUUGUGCACACGACACGGUUGAGGGUCAUGCUGACAAUUACUUUGUCAGAGUUAAUGUCUGAUGUACAAGUAACUCAGAUGAAACCUGAUGGUUCACUUGAAGAGAGUGGUGAAGCUCGGCGCCUUAGAAAAUCUUUGGAGGAAAUGGCAGAUGAAGGCAGGAGCCAUGAUCUACUAAAAGAGUGUGGACUUCCUGAGAAUGCUCUUGAGGCACUUCCUGAGGCUUCAGCAGGGAACCGGUGGUCCUGGUCAGAAGUGAACCAUCUCUCUCAGAGUCUGCUUCAGGCCCUUGAUGCUGGCCUCGAACAUGCCCUUUUGGCUUCUGUGAUGACAGUGGAUAGAUAUGCUGCUGCAGAGAGCUUUUACAGACUUGCAAUUGCUUACGCGCCUGUCCCCGAUCUUCACAUAAUGUGGUUGCUGCAUUUAUGUGAUGCACAUCAGGAGAUGCAGUCUUGGGCUGAAGCAGCACAAUGUGCCGUAGCUGUUGCUGGUGUCAUUAUGCAGGCUCUGGUGGGAAGAAAUGAUGCUGUUUGGAGCAGAGAUCAUGUGACUGCUCUACGUAAGAUCUGCCCAAUGGUCAGCAGUGCAAUUACUGCAGAGGCAUCUGCCGCUGAGGUAGAAGGAUAUGGUGCAUCAAAACUCACAGUCGAUUCGGCAGUGAAAUACCUACAGCUUGCAAAUAAACUCUUUUCUCAAGCAGAACUCUAUCAUUUCUGUGCCAGCAUUCUGGAACUCAUAAUUCCAGUUUAUAAAAGCAGAAGGGCAUUUGGGCAGCUUGCAAAAUGCCACACUACCCUCACAAAUAUCUACGAAUCCAUCCUAGAGCAGGAAUCAAGCCCAAUACCGUUUACAGAUGCUACUUACUACCGAGUUGGCUUCUAUGGGGAGCGAUUUGGGAAGCUGGAUAGGAAGGAAUAUGUAUACAGGGAGCCCCGUGAUGUGCGCCUUGGUGACAUAAUGGAAAAGCUUAGUCACAUAUACGAGUCAAGGAUGGAUGGUAGUCACACCCUGCAUAUAAUACCGGACUCUAGACAAGUCAAUGCAGAUGAGUUGCAGGUUGGCGUCUGCUAUCUACAGAUAACUGCUGUCGAUCCAGUUAUGGAAGACGAGGAUCUAGGCAGCAGGAAAGAGAGAAUAUUCUCUCUCUCCACUGGAAGCAUGCGUGCUCGUGUCUUCGAUCGUUUCUUGUUCGACACCCCAUUUACAAAAAAUGGCAAGACUCAAGGGGGACUGGAGGACCAGUGGAAGCGACGGACUGUUCUCCAGACCGAGGGCUCUUUCCCUGCUCUGGUGAACCGGCUUUUGGUGGUGAAAUCUGAAUCUCUUGAGUUCUCACCUGUAGAAAAUGCCAUUGGGAUGAUAGAAACCCGGACGGCUGCAUUGCGCAAUGAGCUCGAAGAGCCUCGCAGCUCCGAAGGGGACCAGCUUCCUAGGCUUCAGAGUCUACAAAGGAUCCUCCAAGGCAGUGUUGCAGUUCAGGUUAACAGUGGAGUUCUGAGUGUCUGCACCGCCUUCUUGUCAGGCGAGCCUGCGACUAGGCUCCGGUCACAGGAACUACAGCAACUGAUCGCAGCACUCCUAGAAUUCAUGGCUGUCUGCAAGCGGGCAAUCCGUGUUCAUUUCAGAUUGAUUGGGGAGGAAGAUCAGGACUUCCACACACAGCUCGUGAAUGGGUUCCAGUCCCUGACAGCCGAGCUUUCUCACUACAUUCCUGCCAUCCUCUCAGAGCUCUGAUACUUUUGACUUCUAUGAAUUGUUCCAAUAUUGUCUGUAUUGUUUCAAGCCUGCUGCUUGUCCAAGGCCAGUGUGCAUAUCUUUAUCUAAUGUUUUGGUAGUGUACAUGUCCUUUCGCAGGGAUGCUCCUCUGUGAGAUUGAUUUUGUAACAAGCUGCUGCUCCAAUUUAAAUGCUUCAAUCUUGUGUUGUGCCUUC